GCUCUACAGGCAGUCCUUUUGACCUCAGGGCUUGGUUUUUGCUCUGAUACGCAUUUUCAGCUGCCUUUCCCAAUCAUACCCAUUCAAAUGAAUUUGCCACAGGUUAACGCCGCUCAAAGUGUAGUAACAUCUACAAGCGAUAUGAAUGUCUCAGAAAAAGGUACCUGUCAUGACUGGCGUUUACGAUGUGAUGCAGUGAAUCUGUAUCACACUCUGUUUGGGCUGACCCAACCCUCCUGUCUUCCGCUGCCUGAGUUGGGUCUUGUGCUUAACCUAAAGGAGAAGAAAGCAGUUCUCAACCCCACCAUCAAAUCUGAGCAGGGCCCUGGAGGCCCAGAGGUGACCACGGACAUGGCCUUUACCAGCACUUUAUUCUCCGUUAUAUAUCUUCUCUCGCGGUGCUCUGUGUGUGAGGCUUAUGUGGUCAGGCGGUGCGGCAAGGCAGAAUCAUCGGAGUCUUUCUCAGGAUUUCUCUCUGACCACCCUUUUAACAGCCUGUCAGGUUCCUGCAAAAACAGGUGCUUUGAACUAGUGGAAAGUGAACCCCCAAACUGUCGCUGUGACAACCUGUGUAAAACAUACAAUACUUGUUGCUCAGACUUUGAUGAGCACUGCCUGAAAACAGUGGGGGGCUUUGAGUGCAGUAAAGAGCGCUGUGGUGAAACUCGUAAUGAACAGCAUGCCUGUCACUGCUCAGAGGACUGCAUGGCCAAAGGAGACUGCUGUACCAACUACAAGUCUCUCUGCAAAGGUGAUGUUCCCUGGUUGCAGGAAGAGUGUGAAGAGAUUAAAAACCACGAGUGUCCAGCCGGGUUUGUUCGGCCGCCUGUCAUCAUGCUGUCUGUUGAUGGCUUUCGUGCAUCUUACAUGAAAAGAGGAAGCAUGGUGAUCCCCAAUAUCGAGAAACUCAGAUCAUGUGGAACACAUGCACCAUACAUGAGACCUGUGUACCCCACCAAAACCUACCCAAAUUUGUAUACAAUUACAACAGGGCUUUAUCCUGAGUCGCAUGGAAUUGUGGGUAACUCCAUGCAUGAUCCUGGUUUUGGUGCCAACUUUAACAUUCGAGGGAAAGAAAAGCUCAACCAUCAAUGGUGGGGAGGACAACCUAUCUGGAUAACAGCAGUGAAACAAGGAAUAAAGGCUGGUACAUUUUUCUGGCCAGUUGUCAUUCCAUUGGAAAGGAGAGUUCUGACCAUGUUGCAGUGGCUUCACCUUCCGGAUGCGGAGAGGCCAUAUGUUUAUGCAAUGCAUUCUGAACAGCUGGAUUCCUAUGGCCACAAACUAGGACCCCACAGCACUGAGCUUGACAGUGCACUGAAGGACAUUGAUAAGGUGAUUGGACAGCUAAUGAAUGGCCUGAAACAGAUGAAACUGCACCGUUGUGUCAAUAUCAUCUUGGUUGGAGACCAUGGCAUGGAGGAAGCUCAUUGUGACCGCACAGAGUUCCUGAGCUCUUACAUGUCCAACACUGAGGACAUCAUCCUAAUUCCUGGCUCACUGGGAAGAAUCCGAGCCCGAAAUCCAAACAACUCUAAAUAUGAUGCAAAAGCAAUUGUAGCAAACCUUACGUGUAAAAAGCCAGAUCAGCACUUCAAACCAUACUUGAAGCAGCAUCUUCCCAAACGUUUGCAUUAUGCCAACAACCACAGAAUUGAGGAGGUUCACUUGAUGGUUGAGAGGAAAUGGCACAUAGCACGGAAGUUCCAUGAAUCAAAAAGGAAUCAUGGGAAAUGUGGGUUUGCUGGUGAUCACGGAUAUGACAAUAAAAUCAACAGCAUGCAGACCAUUUUCCUUGGAUAUGGACCAUCUUUCAAAUUCAAGACAAAAAUUCCACCAUUUGAGAAUAUUGAGCUUUAUAAUGUCAUGUGUGAUCUCCUUGGCUUGAAGCUUGCCCCUAAUAAUGGUACCCAUGGUAGCCUUAACCAGCUCUUGAGGGCCCCUGUACACAUACCCAGCAUGCCUGAAGAAGUGUCCAAGCCAAACCCUGCAGGACCAGUCACAGCUCUUAAUGAUGACCUGGGCUGCACCUGUGAAGACAAGAAAUGCCUAAAUCAGGGGUUUUCAAAGAGUUCUCGGAGCCUCCCCAGCACUGCAAAUGGAGUACUCUACAAUUCAUAGUUAUAGGAAUUCCCAACUGGAGGGCAAAACAAAGCUGUCCUCCAAUGAAUGGCAUUCAUUUUUACCAAGUUUGUACUAAGAACUAAUGUAGUUAGACAGUGAUAUUAAAAGACCAAACUCAGUAUAUACUUCAUUGAUGAUGUGAACUAUAUGCAGGUGAACAGAUUCACCCAGAAUAUGAACACAACGCACUAAAUUGCACGUUAAGCAUUUUCGCAUAGAAAACCAUUAUAAAGAAAAUGCCUAAUGUGGCUUAAUACAUUAAGACGUUUGUUCAUAUUCUGGGCUCAUCUGCUUGCCUGUAUAUAAGCUAUAUUUUGAAUUUGAUCAUUUAAUAACUCUUAAUACAUUAAACCAUGUCAUGCAUUUUUCAUGUUAAGUGUUUUAGAAUGUCACAUUUUUUAGUGAUUUUUUAUUGAUAACUGCAGGUGCAGUUUGUUUACAUAUCACAUAAUCAUCAAUGAACUGACUUUAACUUGAAAAAUGACUGCUUACAGUGGCAAACUAUUUUCCUGUUUGCCACUGUAAAGCUGCUCUGACGCU